UUCACUCUGACCCGGAAGCACAACAACAGCUGCACGAAGCCGUUUCUUCGCUUUAUAUCGCUAGUUUCCGCAGAGGAUUCCCUUAUUACCUUCUUUUCUCAUUCUGACUGGCUUUAUAAAAGAACUCCACUACAUCAGCCUCGCCAUCCGCAGAGGCGAUGGGCAACCAGCUGGCGGGUAUUGCCCCAUCCCAGAUCUUGUCAGUGGACAGCUACUUCUCAGACAUCCAUGAUCAUGAGUACGACAAGAGCCUGGGCAGCACGCGCUUCUUCAAGGUGGCGCGCGCCAAGCACCGCGAGGGCAUGCUGGUGGUCAAGGUGUUUGCAAUCCAAGACCCCUCACUGCCGCUCACCAGCUACAAACAGGAGCUGGAGGAGCUGAAGAUCCGCCUGCACUCGUGCCACAACUGCUUGCCCUUCCAGAAGACCUCGCUGACGGAGAAGGCUGCUAUCCUCUUUCGCCAGUACGUGCGCGACAACCUGUACGACCGCAUCAGCACGCGGCCGUUCCUCAACAACGUGGAAAAGCGCUGGCUGGCCUUCCAAAUCCUCACCGCCGUGGACCAGGCGCACAAGGCCGGCGUGCGCCACGGCGACAUCAAGACGGAGAACGUGAUGGUGACCAGCUGGAACUGGGUGUUGCUCAGCGAUUUCGCCAGCUUCAAGCCAACCUACCUUCCCGAAGACAAUCCUGCCGACUUCAACUAUUUCUUUGACACGUCCCGCCGUCGCACCUGCUACAUUGCGCCGGAGCGCUUUGUGGACGGCAGCAUGUUUGCCGCCGAGAGCGACCAGAACACGCCGCUGGUGGACCUGAGCAGCAGCAACCAGAGGAGCAGAGGCGAGCUCAAGCAGGCCAUGGACAUUUUCUCUGCAGGUUGCGUGAUCGCUGAGCUGUUCACCGAAGGCGUCCCGCUCUUCGAUUUGUCCCAGCUGCUUGCGUACCGCAAAGGACACUUUCAGACGGAGCAUGUUCUGGAGAAGAUCGAGGACCGCAGCAUCCGAGAGCUGGUGGCGCAGAUGGUCCAGCGAGAACCCGAGCGGCGCUCGUCGGCCGAGGACUACUUGAAGCAGCAGCGAGGAAAAGCCUUCCCAGACAUCUUCUACACCUUCCUGCUGCCUUACAUGGCGCAAUUCGCCAAAGACACUUUCCAGUCGGCCGACGAGAGAGUCCUCGUAAUACGCAAAGACUUGGACAACAUCUUGCACAACCUCCGAGGCUCUCCAAGUUCCUCCCAGGACGCUGGCGACGGCACGGUGAGCGCCAAGGAGCAGCAAGGCCUGAUGGUGCUGGCGUCGGUCAUCACUUCCUGCCUGCAGACGCUGCAUUCGUGCGACUCCAAGCUGGCGGCGCUGGAGCUGAUCCUCCACCUGGCGCCGCCGCGUCUGGGCGUGGACAUCCUGCUGGACCGCAUCACGCCCUACCUGCUGCACUUCUGCAACGACCCGGUGCCGCGCGUGCGGGCCCAGGCCGUGCGCACUCUCACCAAGGUGCUGGCGCUGGUCAAGGAGGUGCCACGCAACGACGUGAAUAUCUACCCGGAGUACAUCCUGCCGGGCAUCGCCCACCUGGCGCAGGAUAACGCCACCAUCGUCAGAUUGGCGUACGCCGAGAAUGUGGCGCACCUGGCAGAGAGCGCCCUCCGCUUCCUGGAGUUGGUGCAGGAGAACAACUUAAGCACGGAGCACGACGCCAACGGCGAGGAGGCGGAGGAAACGCUUCACCCGAACGAUAAUUACGACUCAGAGCUGCAGGCGCUCCACGAGAUGGUGCAGCAGAAGGUGGUGACGCUGCUGAGCGACUCUGAGAACGUGGUGAAGCAGUCGCUGAUGGAGAACGGCAUCACGCGACUCUGCGUCUUCUUCGGACGGCAGAAGGCCAACGACGUGCUGCUCUCGCAUAUGAUCACCUUCCUCAACGACAAGAACGACUGGCACCUGCGCGGCGCCUUCUUCGACAGCAUCGUCGGAGUGGCAGCGUACGUAGGCUGGCAGAGCUCGGCCAUCUUGAAGCCGCUCCUCCAGCAGGGCCUGAGCGACACGGAGGAGUUCGUCAUCUACAAAGCGCUCAACGCGCUGACGUGCAUGUGCCAGCUGGGCCUGCUGCAGAAGCCUCACAUCUACGAGUUUGUCGCCGACAUCGCUCCGUUCCUGUGCCACCCCAACUUAUGGAUCCGCUACGGCGCGGUGGGCUUCAUCACGGUGGUCGCUCAGCACCUCAACUUAGCCGACGUCUACUGCAAGCUGAUGCCGCACCUCAAUCCCUUCGUCACGCAGCCCAUCAUUCAGAUCGACAAGGAGCUGGUCCUGCUGAGCGUCCUGAAGGAGCCGUUGAGCCGCUCCAUCUUUGACUACGCGCUGCGCUCCAAAGACAUCGCUAGCCUAUUCCGCCACCUGCUGCUGCGGCAGAAGAAGCGCGCCGGGUCCAUCCCGGAGUGCCCGCCUCCCGAGGACCCCGCCAUCGCUCAGCUACUUAAGAAGCUACUCUCGCAGGGAAUGACAGAGGCGGAGGAAGACAAGCUGCUGGCGCUCCGAGACUUCAUGCUCAAGUCCAACAAGGCCAAAGCCAACAUGGGCGAGCAGAUACAUCUGGGGGAGGCCACCCAGACCGGCGUGGUCGACCUCGCCGUGCUGGGCAUCGCCGGACGCCAGGUGGACUUGGCCAAGCCCAAAGGCGAGGUGGAGGACAAGCGAGCGAGGAAGCACACCAAGCAGGACUCCAUCAUGAACGAGGAGUGGAAGAGCAUGUUUGGAUCUCAGGAGCCUGCUUCCACCGCUGCCACCAUGCAGCCAAACACGGUGCCUGACGGUCCGGCGAGUCAAUCCGGAAAGAACGCGCCGGCGGUGGCCGUGCAGCAGUCGGUGACAGGUGGCCUGGCCUACCAGCGCCGCGUCAACACCUGCAAGGCGGAGCUGCAGCAGCUGGUGCAGCAAAAGCGCGACCAGUGCAGCGCCGAGCGCAUGGCCAAGCAGAUGAUGGAGAGCGCCGAGUGGGAGAGUCGCCCGCCGCCGCCCGGGUGGCACCCGAAAGGAUUGCUGGUGGCCCACCUCCACGAGCACAAAGCGGCCGUCAACCGCAUCAGAGUGUCGGACGAGCACGCCAUCUUCGCCACGGCGUCCAACGACGGCACGGUCAAAGUGUGGGACAGUCAGAAGAUGGAGGGCAAGACCACCACCACCAGGUCGGUGCUGACGUACUCGCGCAUCGGCGGCCACGCCAAGACGCUGACCUUCUGCCAGGGCUCGCAUUACUUGGCCGUGGCGUCCGACAACGGCGCCAUCCAGCUGCUGGCGGUCGAAGCCAGCAAACCGCCAAAAUCGCCCAAAGUGCAACCCUUCCAGACCAGGUCUCUGGAUCUGAAGGAGGACGGCUGCGCGGUGGACAUCCACCAUUUUAACUCUGGCGCUCAGUCCGUGCUGGCGUACGCCACGGUCAACGGCUCGCUGGUGGGCUGGGACCUUCGCUCCAACUCCAACGCCUGGACGCUUCGCCACGACCUCCGCUUGGGACUCAUCACUUCCUUCAGCGUGGACAUGCACCAGUGCUGGCUCUGCCUCGGUACGAGCAGCGGCACCAUGGCCUGCUGGGAUAUGCGCUUCCAGCUGCCCAUCUCCAACCACACGCAUCCGGCACGCGCGCGCAUCCGCCGCCUGCUCAUGCACCCGCUCUACCAGUCGUCGGUCAUCGCCGCCGUGCAGGGCAACAACGAGGUGUCCAUGUGGGACAUGGAGACGGGGGAUCGUAAAUUCACGCUGUGGGCCAGCUCGGCCCCGCCCCUGUCAGAGUCGCAGCCGUCGCCUCACAGCGUGCACGGGAUCUACUGCAGUCCGGCCGACGGCAAUCCUCUGCUGCUCACCGCCGGUUCCGACAUGAGGAUCAGGUUCUGGGAUCUGGCGUACCCGGAGAGAUCGUACAUCGUGGCGGGCGGCGCCAACGAUUCGCUGCACUGCCCCUCUGUCAUGUACAGCAGGAAGAUCAUCGAAGGCACAGAAGUGGUGCAGGAGAUCCACAGCAAGCAGAAGAGCGGCGCCGCUGAGGACUCGCCGCGACGGGGACCCGAGUCGCUGCCCGCGGGACACCACGACAUCAUCACCGAUAUCGCCACCUUCCAGACCACGCAAGGAUUCAUCGUUACCUCGUCCAGGGAUGGGAUCAUCAAAGUGUGGAAGUGA